CCAGAAUUGGACUGCGUUUGGACAGCAACGACUGCCCUCUCUCUCCAGGGCCGGCGUCACCGACCAUCAGCAAUCGCUGCCGCAGCUGGGUGCAAUUGGCCUCUGGCGCCGUCUUUUGGGCUUGCAGGAGCGUGUCCUGCUCCCUUCUUCCCAUUAUCCAUCCACGCCGAACAAACCCCCAACCAUGAGCCCAAUGGCGGGUUCGCUCGACACCCGCCUACAGGCCCAGGAGACUUUCUACGACGAUGCCACGCCCGUUGAUAAUCACCGCGUUUCCGAUAUCCGCAGCGAAGACCACGACAACCAUGAUCCGCGCGAUUCGCAUGAUCUGUCGCUGCAUGGAGACGCCCGCACUUCCGUCGUAGACAACAUGCUGCUAUCUCUCGACCAGUUCUCCAUUGAGCCGGCCGCCCUCUAUUCUGACUUCUUCUCAGCAGACCAUUCCUACCAGCCGUCGCGACCCACCCGCAACCGUGGCCAUACCUACGCUUCAUCUGUUUCGUCAGACUAUGAGCAGCAACGAGAUGAGACCAGCUCUCGGUACUCCAGCCAUCAGUCUCGGGGACGGAGAAGCAACAGCAGUAACAACAUUCCGGCUGCCAUGAGUCGUAAAGGCAGCCUCAGGACGUACGCAAGCAUACGGGAUAAGCAGCUCAAUACCAUGUACAGCGAUACCCAGGACACGCGUCCCACUAGAAGCGGAGGGCGGAAAGGCAGCAAAGGGAGCGCGGCCUCGAGCAUGGACUAUGGAUACGCGGGGAUUUUGGGGACCCAUCGGUUUGGCUUUGGCAGACGCUCUGCGAGCUUCGAUCACGGCCAUAUUGCCGACCGGUCCAAUACCAUGACCGGCCGACCAGAUUCGAUCCUGGACAGAAGUAGGGUUGGCUAUCACACAUAUGGCGAUUAUGAAGCCGCGCCUGAGCCCACAGUCCCCGUGGGGCCCAGGCGAGUGCAAGAAACCCCACAGUCACCCGUGUUCUCUCCUUCGCAACCACCAUUCGCCACCGCCCAGCCGUCCGCCCCUCGCCGGAGAAAUAGUAUUCGCUCAACAGCGAGCCGAACGCUGCGCAAGAACAAGAGCCAGCCUGCACCUAACAUGAGGUUCCAGGCCCAGGAGUUUGUCAAUGCCAGCACCUUCCCAGACCUUCCCAUAAGACCAGCAAUUGAGGAACCUCCAGCACCCUCACCCACAGUCGCAACGCGCAAACAAGCGCUCCCGGCCCCAUCUACACCUGUUGCAACGCCCAAGGAGAAACCCGGCUUCUUCCGGAGAGUGUUCGGAGGGAGCUCGAAGAACCAAGCUCAGGUUUCCAGUUCUUCCAACAACUACUCAAAUAAGGCCCAAGCCGACGCGUCGCCAGCUUCAGCCCAUCAUCGUGGUCUUGACGCUAGUUCCAAACACUCACAACCACGGCCGCAGACAACACCGAAUGGCUCGCACCACAUAGCUUCACAGCUUAAAUCCCUACCACAACCCCCACAGACAGCCACCUCGACGCAGAGAGAAGCAGCUCCACCAACUCUGGCGAAGAAGCACUCCUCUUUUUUCAGAAGGCGGAAGAAAUCGACGUCCGAGAGCAACAAGCCUCUGCCUAUCAUGGCACUCGAUUUCAGACCACCAACACAAGAAAAGAUACCCCCUCCAGCACCCAGUCCCGGCAUCAGCAGCCUGCGCCAAGUGAUGAAUCCAUAUCUCGACGAUCUGGGUAGCCCUAGCGCGAAGUAUCAUGAACAGAGAGUUGGGCAAGCCGGAAGCGAAACGGUAGUGGCGGACGUGGAACGACCCCAUGGCUUCUCACCCGGUUACAAACCCCAUGCGGAUGCGACAGUGCGUACGGUGAAACUAGGAUCACGUGGCGUCGAUGAGACACCACCUUCAUCAAGGGAAGAGCAUAUUGCUGCGUCGCGGGCACUGAGCUCCGGGAGCCCAAGAUUAAAACUCAAGAUGAAGAACCGGAAAUCGGCUCUAAUCGACGCACAGGACGGGUCAUUCCUUGCCGACAGUAGCAGCUGCAACGAGGAUCACACAACACCAUCGGGCGAAGCACGACUGUCACGUACAGUCCCUCCAUCACCCAGCUUUGAAGAGAUUCCAAGAGAGAACAAGACUCUGAAAGACCAGCGGAAGGCUAGUAUCAAUACGCGUCCAGCACCGUCACACUCGAUGACAGAUUUGGAGGAUGAAGAUGAGUGGGUCCUUACCCCUGCCGCACCGAACCAGCACACAGCGCCGCGAAAGAGUCCUGCAACAGGGCAGCGGGUAUGGCUAGAGCCCACAUCGUCAGAGGAGAAGUUGGAUUUGUCGUUGUCGCUGCCUCUGGACGGCACGCAGGAGAAAGCGAAGGACACCUUUGCCGAGAAAUCUGAUCCGACGUCCCCCCAGGACGUCUUCCACUCCGCAACAAGCCUACCGCUUGUGCAAGUCGAAAGCCGUGAAUCUCAAUCGGACGCUAUGCCGCCUGCUAUUGAGCAGCAUCCCGUGCACGACGAGGAGCCGACCGAGGCAGACCGAGAGCGUGCUCGCCUCCUUUUCAACAAUGAAGACACUUCCGUACAGAGGUCCCAGGUUGCUACUGUCCUCGGCGAUGUUACGUCCGCCAGCGCACGGGUAAGGAAAGCGUACAUGGAGCUCUUCGACUGGACUGGCUUCAAUAUCCUUGCGGCGAUGCGCGAUCUCUGCGGGAGGCUUGUGCUCAAAGCAGAGACCCAGCAAGUUGACCGUAUCCUCAUGAGUCUCUCAGAGCGGUGGUGCGAGUGCAACCCUAACCAUGGCUUCAAGGCUACAGACGUCGUUCACACCAUAUGUUACUCUAUCCUGCUUCUCAACACCGACUUGCACGUUGCCAACAUUGAAUCAAGAAUGACGCGGAAUCAGUUCGUCAAGAACACAUUACCAACAGUCGUCCGUGUUUGCCAGGAAGCCAUCAAGGACGGCGGGGAUGAGACUCUGCGGCCUCACUCGGCUAUGGCGACAAGGGGUUCCAUUCCCUGGAAUAGGUCGGAGCCGAAUUCUCCUGCUGCCGAGAACACGACGUUCCCAGCGGACAUCGCCGACGAACCCCUGGAGAAUAGAAGAGCGCGCAGCCGCCUCUCCAUAAAGCCCCCCGUUCGCGCCGGUUCCGAAGGCUUGAUAUCGACCGACUCCGCCACAGCUGAGUCCAACACGCUUGUGAAUCACGCCUAUCACGGGCCCAUGAAGGGCUGGGAGUACCAGAUCGAGACGGUGUUGAAGGAGUUUUACAACUCGAUUCGAAACCAGAGACUCCCUCUGCAUGGUGCUUCUAACCACCGUGUGCACGAACAACCUUCUUCAAACAACCUCUCAGUCAAUGGUGUGCUCCGGCGUACUCCUAGCGUUUUGAGCAAGGCCCCGUCGGAGAAUCUCAGCUACCGUGGACGUUCGCAAGGCGAGUUUAGGAGCGUUGGUAAUCGAUGGGUUUCAAAGACCCGCUCAAGGCCACGACUAUACCCCUCAUCCACCGUUGCAUCGAGCCGAACCAGUCUCGACGAGACGUCCGUUUGGAGCCCUGCUGGCUCUAGUACGUGGAGCAGGUACUCCAUCGGUAAGACUGGAACUUCCAUGAUGUCAAUGGAAUCGCUCGGGUCCCACUUUGCCCAUGGAGAUUAUCAACAAGCUAUCGGUUUCGCCAAUGCCCUCAGUCAGGCGAUCAUCCGGGAAGAGGGUAUGACUAUGGAGGGUAGCGAAGAGUUCACGCGUGUCGCUCCGCUGUUGGAGGAUGAGACGCUGGAACUUGCAGGAGCACCAUGGGCAAAGGAAGGCAUCUUGAAACACAAACAUCAUCUGGAAGCUCUGGAUAAGAAGGCUAAGGACCGUACGUGGAAUGAAUGCUUCGCUGUCAUUGAGAAGGGCUACAUGCGCCUGUUCUCCUUCAGCAUGAACUCGAAGACGAUGCGGAUGAAGAACAAGUCGCGCCCUUCAGCCGGUAGCGUUGUCGGCGGGGGAAAUUGGAUGGACAACGCUGAGGCCCUGGACUGUUUCCUCCUUCGGCAAUCCAUUGCAAGUGCUCUGCCGCCUCCUGGCUACUCAAAGAACCGACCCCACGUAUGGGCACUCUCCCUUCCAACAGGUGCUGUUCACCUUUUCCAAGUUGGAACUCCCGAUAUCGUCCGCGAAUUCGUGUCGACCGCCAAUUACUGGUCAGCAAGGUUGUCGAAGGAACCUCUUGUUGGAGGCGUGAGUAACAUCGAAUAUGGCUGGGGCGAAACUGUCAUCAACCCAGCUUUGAUUCGCAAAGAGGGCACGCCAUCAGCUCACCACGGCCAUGUACCUCGUCCUAGUAUGGCGAGCUCCCUGCGAAGCUCGGUUGAUCAUGCCACAGGGGUCGUAAAGCCCAGGCUUCCUGGCGACAAGGUUGUGCUUGCGGACUGGACUCCGCCAGCGCAAAGCAUGAUGGCUAGUAAUCUUAUGGAGGUCGAUCAGCUGCGAGCGUUGACCGACUAUGUGAAGAAUGUCGAGGAUGAACUCGCGCGACAUAAUGAAUUGAGAGCACCCAUGCUCAUCGCGUUUUCUCCACGUCAUCCGAAUGCAGCAAAAGCCAUGAGCAACUGGGAGCGCAAGUCCUCCUAUCUCCUGAGAGAAAUCGUUAAAUUCCGCACCUACAUCGACUCUCUCACGGCUGCUCAAGCUCAAAAAGCAAAGAUAUAUGCUCAACGAGAGGCAGAGAAAUCUCAAAAUGGGGGAAUGAAUAUGGAUUCCAGUGGGACCGAGAUAUCUGCUACUGCAGAGGUGGAUGGUGCGAAUAAGGCUCCCGAAUCCGAGCCUUGAAUGCACCUUUGUUUUCCUCUGUUCUCAUCACAUAUGCUGACAUUCCUGGUUUGAAUAGCUCUCACACCGCUCCAAAGGACAGUACGCAAAUUACAGCUUCUGCAUUCGUCGAGAGCACGAGUUGGGCAAACUACAAACGUUGAAAAGACGACCCUGGGUUCAUUCGGCCUGGUAUUCACUCACGCGACACCCUGAGUUUUUUAUGAUUGGUUUUCACUUACAGAUAUUUUCAUUUCCGUAUUCUAUAGCGACGAUUGGAAUGUGUCCAUUUGGCGGCGGUCAUUGUUACAACAUUGCAUAUCUUUUUGUAGGGACAAGGCGUUUUCCGCAUUAAUGAUAUACCCAUUCAUCACUGUAAAUGCUCAAGGCAACCCCGCAGUGUCACUUGCUCUCGUGUUAGAGGAAUGAUAAAAGACUUCC